CUCCGCAUACACUUCAUUGCCGCGGCACAGCAGUGGCCAGUCAAAUACAGCCGCAGCUGCCAGUUUGGUGUUUUGUAUUGCGAAUUAGCUGCCGGAAUUGGUAUUAUACCGUGAUACCGUAGACGCACAUUUAUUAUCUUGGAAUUUUUGACUUUUUCAUCAUGCUGUGGCAGUUGACCUUUACCAUCGCCCUGCUGGGAGUGGCUCACGCCUCGCCCGCCAGCUACUACGAAGACGCGGCCAACCUCCGUGCCUACAUCGACGCGUACAUGAACCGGGCGGAGCCGAGCAUCGAGGGCCGGCAAGUGCUGUGGCAGUCGCCGGAGACCAACUCGCCGGGCUACAUUAAACUGCAGGACAACUACAAGAGCGGCGUGGCGUUCGCGCUGCCGCCGCCGGUCAACAAGCACCUCCUGUCGGCCAUCCUCGGGCCCAAGAUCGACGACUACCUCAUCACGGCCGGCGACACCAAGCAGUUCGGCGGCCACUGGGGCAUCGACACCAUGCCGUACUUCGACAGCAAUCCCGUGGAUAAGUUCCUCGUGGUGCGGCAUGACUUCAUCAAUGAUCCCGGUUAUAAGGGACAAAAAUAAAUUACGCAAGGAAUUUUUUUAUAUGUCGACUAAUACCGGGGUUGUACGCUGUUGUGUAAAAAAAGGCCAAUAAAAAAUUACUAAUUUACGUACUGUAUAUUUAUUUUGCUUUUUUUUUGGCAGUUGUUUCGGGGGUUAUAGUGGGUGACCUUUCUGAUAUCCGUUAAUCUGUUAAUUUAUGCGCGAAUUUGAAUGUGUUGAUCUAAAUUGCGCGCGAGAGUAAUUUACUAGCGUAAUGCGAACUUGUCGUUGACCGGGGCCAAGAUCAAUGCAACUGCGCCGUCAGCCAAAGCGAUUGGCAACGAACAAGCGUUU